AUGAACAACUCUCCCGACCUGGAUUUCCGAUUCCCCACAACCCACCAAGACCUCGUCGUUUCCACCACCGCCACCCCCUCCACCGCUUUCGCUGCUGCUUCUUCUUCUUCCACUUAUUUUGUUGGGGACGAUAAAACCCACCAAAAUCCUAGGAAAAAACGCUCGAAACUGAUCAGACUCGACAACCCAGUUGCUCCAAGUAGGAUUUCAAGGCCCAAGUAUGCCAAAAAACCCGACCCAUCUGCGCCAAAGAUCACAAAGCCCUGUAGUGAGUGUGGGAAGAAGUUUUGGUCAUGGAAGGCUCUGUUUGGGCACAUGCGUUGCCACCCUGAGCGGCAGUGGCGCGGCAUCGACCCGCCACCCAACUUACGACGACCCGUUUCCCCGAACGCGCCGUUGAGUGUGGAAUGGGCAAUGGGGGAAGCAGACCACGAGGCGGCCUCGAGUUUGAUAAUGCUUGCUAGUGGGUGCACUAAUGGGGCAAGUAAUGAGAUCACUACUCAGAGUAUUAGUACAAGUACUUUUCAGGGUGCUCAAGAGGUGUUUGAUGGUGGUAAUGGGAGGUUUGAGUGUUCAAGUUGCAAGAAAGUAUUUGGGUCCCACCAGGCUUUGGGGGGCCACAGGGCAAGCCACAAGAAUGUGAAGGGCUGUUUUGCAAUUACAAGGAGUGAUGGUGAGGUUGAUCAGGAUCAUCAUCACAAUGGUGAUGGUGAACGGGAUGAUGGGGAUGAUGAUGUGAUGGAGGAGAAUAAUAAGAUGGUUAUGGUGUUGGGAGGAUCAGGGCACAAGUGUAGUGUUUGUUGGAGGGUUUUUUCAAGUGGUCAAGCUUUGGGAGGGCACAUGAGGUGUCAUUGGGACAAAGGGGAUGAGCCAUCAUCAUCAUCCAUGAUGAUGACCCAAUUAGGGCUAAGUCAGCAGCACCAGCAGCCUAGUGGGAUUUCAAAGGAAGGCCAUUCUGGUGGAUUGGAUUUGAAUUUGCCUGCAGCUUCUCAUAUUGAAGAUGCUCAAUCCUCUUCUUCAGGCCUCACUUUGGAUUUAAGGUUGGGUCUUUGA